CUGUUCAUUUUGUGUGAAUUGCAAAUUUAAUGUGAUUUAAGCUUCACGUUUUGUAUUAUUGUUCCUCUACGAAUAUGUCUGCUGAUAUAAUAAAACAAGGUGCAGAGGGUCGCCUGUAUCUGGGUGACUUUAAGGGCGAAUCAUGCCUGAUAAAAGAGCGAUUUGUCAAGAAAUACCGUCAUCCGGAAUUGGACACACAAAUAACCCGGCAGCGCAUGAAGGCGGAGGUUAAGGCAUCUAGUCGUUGUCUGGCUGCCGGCAUUCUUGCGCCCCGCAUUCUCCAUUCCGAUCUAAACACCCACAAACUGUAUAUGGAAUACUUUGGAAAUGCUCAGACAGCAAAGAAGUUUAUACAAGACACAGUUGCCACCGAAUCGGAUGAAGAAAAAGUUAAGGAAAAGCUGCUGGAACUCUGCAGCCGCAUUGGAGCUAUAAUUGGGCAAAUGCAUGCAAAUAACAUAAUCCAUGGCGACCUUACUACAUCCAACAUCCUCAUCAAUCAAAAUCCAGCUGCCAAGAAUGAAUACGAUGUCAUUCUCAUAGACUUCGGACUGAGCCACUAUAAUCAAGGGGCAGAGGAUAAAGGCGUCGACCUCUAUGUCCUGGAGCGGGCUCUGCUCAGCACACACAGCGAACAGAAGUAUAUCUUUGAGUACAUUCUGGCCGAAUAUCGUCGCAAUUGUGGCAAGGAUGAGGAAGUGGUCAUCGCGAAGUUUGACGAAGUUCGAGCUCGUGGACGCAAACGUACAAUGAUUGGCUAAAUUCUUAUGUAUAACAUACACAAUAAACACUUUAAUUCAACAAAA